CCGUGUCCCCAGUAAAUGGAUGGAUGUCUAUGUCCCUGACCUUGCAGCUUUCUCCACAACCUUAGGGAUCCCAAAGUCUUCAGCACCAGGAUCUUCCAGAGAGCUAGCUUAGAGGAUCCUGUUAAAGACACCCCAAAGAUUCUUCCUGUGACUCGGCCAUCCAUCACUUGGAUUUAUCCAUUCACUCAUUCAUACCAUUUAUUCACAUUGCACGUGUGCAACAACACUGCGAGACACGGGGGGAAGAAUGACCACGGCCAGCAGUCCCCAUAAUCCCCAGUGCACGGCUGAUCUGGGUGCUCAGUAUAUCACUUGCACUCCUCAUUACGCCAAACAACACCAAAAUUUCUAUGAUGAACUGUUAGCUCUUGGGAUUUUGGCACCUCUGGCUGCUUCUAUAGAAGGCAUGAGGGUGAAUGAAGGAGACUGCAACUUUGUGGCACCUCAGGGAAUUUCUUCAAUUAUUAAGCAUUACUUGAAAAAAUCAGGAGCAGAAGUCUACUUCAGACAGUGUGUGACCCGGAUCAACCUGCACAAUAACAAAUGGGAAGUCUCCAAGGAAACUGGCUCCCCGGAGAUCUUCGAUCUUGUAGUCCUCACCAUGCCAGUUCCUGAGAUCCUACAACUUCAGGGUGACAUUGUAGACAUCAUUAGUGAAUGCCAAAGGCAGCAACUAGAGUCCGUGAGUUACUCCUCUCGCUAUGCCCUGGGCCUCUUUUAUGAAGCUGGCACGAAGAUUGAUGUCCCUUGGGGUGGGAAGUACAUCACCAGUAAUCCCUGCGUACGCUUCAUCUCCGUUGAUAAUAAGAAGCGCAAUAUAGAGUCAUCAGAAAUCGGCCCUUCCCUGGUGAUUCACACCACUGUCCCAUUUGGAAUUAAGUACUUGGAGCACAGUGCAGAAAAUGUGCAGGAAUUAAUCUUCCAUCAUCUGGAAAAAAUUCUUCCAGGUCUGCCUCAUCCAGUUGCCAUCAAAUGCCAGAAAUGGAGGCAUUCACAGAAAUAGUAUAUGAGAAAGUCACAUAAAGCAGUUGAAGUUGAAGUUUACAAUCAGACAAAAGAACAGCCCUUCGUUUGUCA